AUGGGACCAUCUCCUUGGGGGAGCUGCUACCCCGGGUCUGGGGGCCUGGCGUACCUGGGGGGCAACAGCGGCAACUCGCCCCUCCCCGCCGGGGGCGGAGCUGCCUUCCUCAACUUCCCGCAGUUCGGCCAGCUGGGCCCGCAGCUCAACACCCAGUUCGGCCAGCUGGGCCCGCAGCUCAACACCCAGGUAGGUCAUGGGACCAUCUCCUUGGGGCAGCUGCUACCCUGGUCUGGGGGCCUCGCGUACCUGGGGGGCAACAGCGGCAACUCGCCCCUCCCCGCCGGGGGCGGAGCUGCCUUCCUCAACUUCCCGCAGUUCGGCCAGCUGGGCCCGCAGCUCAACACCCAGGUCAUGGGACCAUCUCCAUGGGGGAGCUGCUACCCCGGGUCUGGGGGCCUCGCGUACCUGGGGGGCAACAGCGGCAACUCGCCCCUCCCCGCCGGGGGCGGAGCUGCCUUCCUCAACUUCCCGCAGUUCGGCCAGCUGGGCCCGCAGCUCAACACCCAGGUCAUGGGACCAUCUCCUUGGGGGAGCUGCUACCCCGGGUCUGGGGGCCUGGCGUACCUGGGGGGCAACAGCGGCAACUCGCCCCUCCCCGCCGGGGGCGGAGCUGCCUUCCUCAACUUCCCGCAGUUCGGCCAGCUGGGCCCGCAGCUCAACACCCAGGUCAUGGGACCAUCUCCUUGGGGGAGCUGCUACCCCGGGUCUGGGGGCCUGGCGUACCUGGGGGGCAACAGCGGCAACUCGCCCCUCCCCGCCGGGGGCGGAGCUGCCUUCCUCAACUUCCCGCAGUUCGGCCAGCUGGGCCCGCAGCUCAACACCCAGGUCAUGGGACCAUCUCCUUGGGGGAGCUGCUACCCCGGGUCUGGGGGCCUCGCGUACCUGGGGGGCAACAGCGGCAACUCGCCCCUCCCCGCCGGGGGCGGAGCUGCCUUCCUCAACUUCCCGCAGUUCGGCCAGCUGGGCCCGCAGCUCAACACCCAGGUCAUGGGACCAUCUCCUUGGGGGAGCUGCUACCCCGGGUCUGGGGGCCUCGCGUACCUGGGGGGCAACAGCGGCAACUCGCCCCUCCCCGCCGGGGGCGGUGCUGCCUUCCUCAACUUCCCGCAGUUCGGCCAGCUGGGCCCGCAGCUCAACACCCAGGUCAUGGGACCAUCUCCUUGGGGGAGCUGCUACCCCGGGUCUGGGGGCCUGGCGUACCGGGGGGGCAACAGCGGCAACUCGCCCCUCCCCGCCGGGGGCGGAGCUGCCUUCCUCAACUUCCCGCAGUUCGGCCAGCUGGGCCCGCAGCUCAACACCCAGGUCAUGGGACCAUCUCCUUGGGGGAGCUGCUACCCCGGGUCUGGGGGCCUGGCGUACCUGGGGGGCAACAGCGGCAACUCGCCCCUCCCCGCCGGGGGCGGAGCUGCCUUCCUCAACUUCCCGCAGUUCGGCCAGCUGGGCCCGCAGCUCAACACCCAGGUCAUGGGACCAUCUCCUUGGGGGAGCUGCUACCCCGGGUCUGGGGGCCUGGCGUACCUGGGGGGCAACAGCGGAAACUCGCCCCUCCCCGCCGGGGGCGGAGCUGCCUUCCUCAACUUCCCGCAGUUCGGCCAGCUGGGCCCGCAGCUCAACACCCAGGCCGGACAGCUGGGCCCUCAGGGGUUCUUCUUCCAGCAGCGCCAGUUGCCCGCGCUGGGCGUGGCUGCCGCUACGGGCCAGCAGGCGGCGCAGCGCCCCGACGUCUCCGCCGGCGGGUUCCCGCCCUUCCCCGGGGCGCUAGGCGGCCAGGCGGCGCUAGGCGGCCAGGCGGCGCCUUCCGUCGGCUUCUACGGCCCGGCGAGCAGCGACCUGGGUGCGGGUCCCUUCCAGCUCGGCGCCCGAGGAGGAGGGGGAGGAGGAGGGGGCUUCCCCGAGCGGCUGUACCUCAACACGGCUUCCGGCAGCAGGGUCGCCAACACCUCGACCGUCAAGCUGUAG